GUGUAGGUAUUCACACAGAGUCACCAACUGGUGCACUCCAUGUCUCGGGAUGAGGUAAGUAGGUACUUAAGUAAGUAAGUCAUUAAAGCGCCUAAGGCCAGGGAUAAUGCCCAGUUAUAGUUAGUAUUCACCUCCCGCCAACCAUAGAUUGUGAUACGCGCAAACGAACAACAUCCAACACACCGAAUCCUAGGCAUGCCAUUUCAAAGCUGUCGCGUGUUCGUCUAAACAGCAUGUUUGGCUGCAAUGGGUGUCUGGCCUUAGUUUUCGCAAUCAACUUAACGUGAAUCAAGUCCAUCAACCAGGGGCGCAUUACGUCAUUUCGAGCAACGCAGUUCUGGGUUUAGAAAAAAAAACCAAAAAGGGCACUUUGUUUGCUUGCUUGAUUCACCUUGCGCCUCCGCGAAACACUCUGCAUUCUGCACGCUUCGUGCCGCAAACCAACAAAUUCUCUCCCUAGGCCGACGCAUUUGCCAUGGGAAAACGCAAGAAGAGUUCGCGAAAGCCUCAGGGCCCCAAGAAGCGCGAGGGCCUAGCGAAGGAGUUUACAUGCCUGUUCUGCAAUCACGAAAAGUCCGUACAUGUCAAGUUAGACAAGAAGGCCGGCGUGGGCCAUUUGUCUUGUGCUGUGUGUGGCCAGCAAUUCCAGUGUGGUAUUCACACCCUCAUGGAAGCUAUUGAUGUUUACAGUGAGUGGGUUGAUGCUGCAGAUGCUGUAGCGAAAGAGGCAGCAAAUGACAGAACUACCGGAUCGGCUUCGUUUACGAGAUCGAGCGCUAGAGCUCCUAUAGUGGAUCGCGAGAUUGAUGAUGAUGAGGAUGAUCACAGAUACGAAGGGGAGGGUAUCGUAGGGGAUGAUGACGACGACUAUUAAUUACUAUGCGACCGUCUCGAGCCAUUAUCAACGCUCAAUAUUCUGUUAACUACAGGAUAUACAUGGAGCCAAGAAGAAGGCCUAGUAAUGGAGUUCUACAGCAGGUUGCGGCUGUACUAUACUGGAUUUCCCGGCCAUUCUAUGGAUUGCUGGUAUGGCAUGAGCUAGGAAUGAAACGUAUCAGGCUCACCAAUAUGAAUUCUUCCCAGCAACUAUACUAUAGUGUCUCCCAUGCGCAUGUGAUGGUGUGGUAAGGGCUCCCUACAUAGUGUAGAAUCUGUCACCAAAGUCGCCUAGUCCAGGCACAAUAUAGCUAGGCUGCUGUCAGUGAAAACGGAUGGCAUCAGAUUAUUUUGAAACUCACUUCUUUGAAUCAAGACCCUGUAAACCCGUUAGUGGAUAGUCAAAUGAUAUCAGCAAAAUCGGAAUACAUACCUGGUCAACAAAUGCAGUAACU